AUGGAAGGAGGCAACAGUCCAAAUCUGCAACUUCAGCAACUUCCAUUGGCCACAGCAGCGGUUUCUGUGCAGCCACACACUGACGCCUUCUCUUACAAGGAGAAUUUGAUCGGUGCAUUACUAGCUAUUUUUGGGCAUCUUGUUAUCAGUAUUGCACUCAACCUCCAGAAAUACAGCCACAUCCGACUGGCAGGUUCCAAAGACUCCCGAGCUUACUUCAAAACCAAGACAUGGUGGUGUGGACUGUUUCUGCUCGUGCUGGGCGAACUGGGAGUGUUUUCCUCUUACGCCUUUGCUCCCCUUUCACUGAUUGUGCCACUUAGUGCAGUGUCUGUUAUAGCGAGUGCAAUCAUAGGAAUUAUAUUUAUUAAAGAAAAAUGGAAGCCCAAGGAUUUUUUGAGGCGCUAUGUUUUGUCCUUUAUAGGCUGUGGUUUGGCAAUUGUUGGAACUUAUCUGCUGAUAACAUUUGGACCUAAUAGUCAUGAGAAGAUGACAGGCGAAAAUAUCACUAGGCAUUUAGUGAGCUGGCCAUUUCUGUUGUAUAUGCUUGUGGAGAUCAUCAUAUUCUGCCUGCUACUAUAUUUUUACAAGGAGAAAAAUGCAAACUACAUUGUAGUUAUUCUUCUGCUGGUAGCUUUGCUGGGUUCCAUGACUGUUGUGACCGUGAAAGCGGUGGCAGGCAUGAUUGUUGUCUCGAUACAAGGAAACUUACAACUCGACUACCCUAUAUUUUAUAUCAUGUUGGUGUGCAUGAUUGCUACAGCGACCUUUCAAGCAACAUUUUUAGCUCAAGCCUCACAGCUGUAUGACUCAUCUCAGAUUGCCAGCAUCGGCUACAUCCUGUCCACGACAGUAGGGAUCACAGCAGGAGCAACUUUUUACUUGGACUUCACCGGCGAAGAUGUUCUCCAUAUAUGUAUGUUUGCACUUGGGUAAGUGUUUAAAGUUUCCUUCAUAGAAAACUGGAUCUUCAUGUGA